ACAAUGCCUGAAGCAAUGGAAGAAGAGGAUGAUUGAAUUAUUUUAUAUUUUUCAAUUUUAAAUACAACAAGAAAAAUUUUUUCUAUUAUUAUAAUGAAAUUUCAAUAAACUUCAUGAUUAAAAAGAUAAUUGUUUUAUGUGUGAAUUCCUUUCUCAUGUAAAACAAUAUUAUUUUUAAUAAAUAUAUAUAAUAAAAGCCUAUAAAUGUUUUUUAUACAUAUAAGAAUUUAUAAACGAAUAAUUUUUUUAAUAAUGUUAUAAAAAUUAAGAAAAUUUAUAUUUGAUAAAUUAUUUGUUUAUGUUAAAUUACAUAAUAUAGUAUCACCAGAGGUCAGUCUUGUGCGUUAUUCGCACUCUCUUGAUUCUAUGUUAUUUUUUCGACUAUAAUUUUAUAUUAAUAAAAUGGGUAAUACAUUACAAAAAGCGAUAAGUUCAGAUCCUUUUCCGGAUUCGGAAAAACCAACAUUUGAUCCGAUGUUCGGAUUUUCCAGAGAACGUAAACAAAGAGUUGUGCCUGUAUCAGAAGAAGAUAUGAUAGCUGCUAAAAUUCCACGUGAUUUAAGAGAUUACUGUGCUCAUUUUUAUUUAGAUUAUAUACGUUGUUAUAUGGAAAAAUUCCCAUUAGUAACUCGUUGUGUAACAGAAAUACAUAAUUAUCAAAAAUGUGAAUAUGAUGAUUAUAUUUUAAGGGGGAAAGAAUAUGAAAGAGAGCGUAGACUUCUUGUUAGAGAACGCAAUAGGCAAGAAGCUUUGAAAGCAGCAGCUUAGAUUUUAGAUUUAUUCAAAAUUGUAUACAUGUAUACAUUUAGAUUAGAUUGUGAAAGAGCAAUUAAUAAAGAAUUUAUGAUAUAAAUUAUUAAAAA